GACUGAAACAUCAAAAGUUCUGGAAAGCUUGAAACUGUCUUUCUUUUUUCUCCUGCAGUUGUUUUUCCACCUGUCAAGAGAACGAGUCUUUUCCGAGGACCGCACGCGCUUCUACGGCGGCGAGAUCGUCUCGGCUCUGGACUACCUGCAUUCCGCCAAGAUCGUGUACCGGGACCUGAAGCUGGAGAACCUGAUGUUGGACAAAGACGGACACAUCAAGAUCACGGACUUCGGCCUGUGCAAAGAAGGCAUCACGGACACGGCCACCAUGAAGACCUUCUGCGGCACGCCCGAGUACUUGGCGCCUGAGGUGCUGGAGGACAACGACUACGGGCGGGCGGUGGACUGGUGGGGUCUGGGUGUGGUCACGUACGAGAUGAUGUGCGGCCGCCUGCCCUUCUACAACCAGGACCACGAGAAACUGUUUGAGCUCAUCCUCAUGGAGGAGAUCAAGUUCCCGCGCACGCUGUCGGCCGACGCCAAGUCGCUGCUGUCGGGUCUGCUCAUCAAGGACCCCAACAAGCGGCUGGGUGGAGGACCGGAGGACGCCAAGGAGAUCAUGCGACACAGUUUCUUUGGCACCGUGGACUGGCAGGACGUCUACGACAAGAAGAUGGUUCCACCCUUCCAGCCGCAGGUGUCCUCGGAGACGGACACGCGCUACUUUGACGAGGAGUUCACCGCACAGACCAUCACCAUCACUCCACCGGAGAAAUAUGACGAGGACGGGAUGGACGCGGCCGACAACGAGCGGAGGCCUCACUUCCCGCAGUUCUCCUACUCGGCCAGCGGGCGGGAGUGAGCGCGGCCCGCCGGCGGUGACGGCGGCGACCAUUUUGAGGAAACCACGUAGCCAUUUUAGGAAAAACAAAUACCAGUCUGUCCUCUCUGUGGUCCUCCCGGCGCACGGAGGAAAGUCUGGCUGGGACUCCAGGAGGUUUUUGCACAGUGGCCGCGCGUCCACACUAAAGAUGAGUCCGCCACACCUUUUUCUCUUAUUUAUUUUCUCCCCCGUCAGUAUUACCUUCACCUCGCUUCUUCUCGCCAUCUUUCUUUUUUUUUUUUUUUUGCACUUGCUUCUGGGAGAGCCGCUUUUGAAGGGAACUAAGGACCGAAACAUGUUGCCUUACGUCGCCGCUUUCACCUCCGGCACGGCUCCCCGGCUCACCUGAAACCAAACCUGGGUCUCCUCCUCCUCCGGUUGCCGUGGCAACGCACCUUCACCGGACGGCCACGGGGCAGGAAAGUCCGCGGCGUUCUGAACCUGGUCUUCUGGUUAGAACACCACACACACACUGCCAGCAUCCUCCUCUUCCUGUGCGUCACACACACACACACACACACACACACACACACACACACACACACACACACACACGAAAUGAACGCACUCUUCAAAGUUUCCACGCGGUCCGCGAGCAAGAACGCCGUGGACGUUCGCGGCUAAGUUGGGCGGCCGGCUGAGCCAGGAGGGAGGAAAUAGGCCUCCUUCAAAAUAAGAGCAUGACCCCGUCGAAAGAGAAGGAAAGGUUGCAUGCGGCGGACGUUCACUCGCCGCGCGGCGAUGCUUCCAGCGAGGAGUCUUUGUGUACAUAUUUCAGAUUUAUGCAAUACGCACUCACCACGGGGGAGGGGAAGGUCCACAUUCCGCGCGUGCGCUCAAAAGACUUCAGAUCUUUCUCCACAUCCUUUUCUACUCGGCGUCUCUGCUGUUGCCAUGGAGACAGACGUCCACCCCUCCCUCGCUCCCCCGCCCUCCUCUGUUGCCAUGGUUCCCGCUAGCGACUCAUCGUCACCUUUCUUUGUUCACCGUAAGAUUUUUUUUUAUUUUUUUUUUGGCGUCGUUUUGCUGGUUCGGUCCCCCCCCCUCGUCCUCUCUGGCUCCGCCCCCUUUCUUCUUCUGGUCCUCCUCUUUAGGCAGUGUUAACUCCCACCUGGCUGGAGGACCGUGAUGGAUGCAUUAACGGAAGUCUUUUUAUUUCUUUUCUUCUCGAUUUUUUGCUUGUUUUCUUACCAAAAGAUUAGGGCAAGAUCCUUUGCUGUGCUAGUAUUUAU